AUUUAAUCGACCCGAACUCCGCCCAUUCCACUUCUAUUACUUUUCUUCCCUGGUCGGUUGUUCACAACCUAAAACCUCAGCCUAAGGUUUAAUUUUUCAGGCGAAAGUUCAACUCAUUCUGAAUUCUUCGAGUACUUGUGACAAUGGGUGGACUGCCCCUGCAAGAUGCUUCUUCUACCUUAGCUUUGCCGGGGUCUCAGCCAAACCAAGGUUUGGCAAUCGUAAAACCUGACCAAGAGUCAAAGCCAAAGAAGAAGAUCUGCUGUGCCUGCCCUGAGACUAAGAAGCUGAGAGAUGAAUGCAUUGUGGAGCAUGGUGAAGAUGCUUGUGCAAAAUGGAUAGAAGCUCAUCGCAUGUGCCUUCGUGCUGAGGGCUUUAAUGUUUGAGAUUAAUAGAGGUAGUUUUUACAAUUCAAACCAGAUGGGUAUACCAACAUUAAAAUUUUACAAUUGCAGAUAGCAGAUUAUUUGCAAAAGAAAUAAAGCAAGAAAUUGGUAUUUGACUUUUGAAUGCAAUACUUGUAUUUUAUAUGAUUUUUGUUACCUUUAUAAAUAAUUUGAAUUGAAAGAGGAUGAAAUACAU